UUGCCCGCGUUGAACCCCACCGAGCUGUGGCCUCCGGGUCUCAGCAGCCCCCAGCUGUGUCCGGCCACCACCACCACCACCACGUACUACACUUCGCUUUAUACGCAGACGGUGCCUUCCGCUGCGGCGCUGGGCACCUGCCUCGACGCCACUCCCCACGGACCCGAGGGCCAGAUUGUGCGAUGUGUGCCCGCAGGCCGGCUGCCGGCCAAGAGGAAGCUAGACCUGGAGGGCAUUGGGAGGCCUUCGGUCCCUGAAUUCCGGACUCCCAAGGGGACGUGUAUCCGAGUGGAUGGUUUGCCAAGCCCCAAAACCCCCAAGUCUCCUGGGGAGAAGACACGCUAUGACACGUCGCUGGGGCUGCUCACCAAGAAAUUCAUUUACCUCCUGAGUGAGUCGGAGGAUGGGGUCCUGGACCUGAACUGGGCAGCCGAAGUGCUGGAUGUGCAGAAGCGGCGCAUCUAUGACAUCACCAACGUGCUGGAGGGCAUCCAGCUCAUCCGCAAGAAGUCCAAAAACAACAUCCAGUGGGUAGGCAGGGGAAUAUUUGAAGACCCCACCCGACCUGCGAAGCAGCAGCAGCUGGGGCAGGAGCUGAAGGAGCUGAUGAAUGCAGAGCAGGCCUUGGACCAGCUCAUUCAGAGUUGCUCGCAGAGCUUCAAGCACCUGACCGAGGAUAAUGCCAACAAGAAGUUGGCCUACGUGACCUACCAGGACAUCCGUGCUGUGGGCAACUUCAAGGAGCAGACGGUGAUCGCAGUCAAGGCCCCUCCACAGACAAGAUUGGAAGUGCCAGACAGGGCGGAGGAGAACCUGCAGAUUUAUCUAAAGAGUACCCAAGGGCCUAUUGAAGUCUACCUGUGCCCAGAGGAGGUACAGGAACCAGACAGUCCUUCCAAGGAGGCCCUCCCCUCUGCCUCUACCCUCAGCCCUGUCCCUGACCUCCCCGAGCCCAGCUGCAGCACCGAUCCUGGGAUCACAGAGACCACAGCAUCUUCAGUGCUGAUGCCCCAGCCGGUCCCGCCAGCACCAGCACCAUCCCUUGUCCCCUUGGAAACCACUGACAACAUGCUGGAGCUGUCACACCCACUUCUGCAACAGACUGAGGACCAGUUCCUGUCCCCAGUCCUGGCCGCCAGCUCCCCUCUGAUCAGCUUCUCCCCGCCCCUGGACCAGGACGAAUACCUGUGGGGCAUGGAUGAGGGUGAGGGCAUCAGUGACCUCUUCGACUCCUAUGACCUUGGGGACCUGUUGAUUAAUUGAAGAGUUCUGCCUCUGUCUCUACCUCCUCACAGACAGAUUGACAGACUCUCUGCCCAGAUGGGGGACACUGGACACUAGGUGUCACCCCCUGUGUACGAGCGGCUCCGUUCCAGCCUUCCUUCCAGUGGAGGGCAGCUAGGGAGAUGUGGAGAACAUGAGUGAGGAGUGUGUCAGGGGCUGGGCCCUGAUCCUCCUCUUCUGACCUCUGACCCCUUCAUGAAGGACAACAGGUGCAGGUGACCAUGUUCAGGGAAAGGGUCUGCUGCCUCCUGAGGGGCAGUUGGACCCUGGCUUUUUCUAGAAGCACUUAAUGCCUUUGUAUUUAUUUCAGGUUUGUUUGUUUGUCCACCCUGAGUUUUAGCAGGGAGAUUUGUUGUAGUUUCUCCUCAGACAGGCCCUCCCAUGCCCACUGUCUUAAGGGAACACCUGGGCUUCCAGGAGCCAGGGCCAACUUCUUGGUCCUCCUACUACAGUGGUACUUGGGUCUUGAGGAGGGUAUCCAGUUUGCUUGAAUGUUAAUUGCACUUAGGCCUUGUAAUUCUAGUUAAGUGCAGGGCCCAGCCAAGGUAUCAGCUUCUCUCCCACCCCAGAGAAGGUUCCAGUAGCUAUCUUGGGAGAGAUAGCAUUGAGCUCCCCACAGCCAAGUAGGUAGCCAAGAAAGUUCCCUUCUGGCUGGGUCCCUUGUCUCUCCUGAACUUCAGAAAGUAAAUAUAGGCCUUCAGGAAUUAAGCCAGAAGAGCCCCUGGAAAAAGCAGGAGGCAUGUGUCAUGGCUACCUGAGGUUACCUUCCUCAGAGCCUCUGCCUUGGCCUGGUCAGAGACCUGGGAGGUGGAGGCAGAGACUGUGUAAGAAGAAACACCCCAAGGGCUACCCAUGCUUCCCUCGGAGGGUUGUUUUGUUUCUUGGUUGUGGUUGUUGGAGGGGGAGAUUCCUUAGGGACCAGCCUUCCCAAGCCCUCACUCCACUUCCAAGGUCCGAAGCUUGAGGGCAGGUUUGUACCUUUCCCCCGCUGGAAUGCUGAGGGGGUGAUGGGGUUUGGGGGGGGUGGAGUGGUCUUCACUGCAGACUAGGUCUUAGCAGCUCAUGAGGAGAUGGUGUGGGGAUCUGGGAAGAGCCUUGGGUUUAUUUCCCCAUGGGCUGACCCUCCAGGAUCCCUGUGGUCCAGAUGGGGACAGGAGUCUGCUAGCAUGCUCUGGGCUGAACCAAGGCCAAGGGAGGGAGGUCUUACCCACCUUCAGGGAGCUCAGGUUUCUCAGGGGCUCAGCAGGGCAGCACUUUUUUUUUUUUUUUUGUAUGUUUGUAGCAUUAAAUUGAUUUAAAUGAUAAAAAGUUGGUUAUGCCAGGUGGCUCCUAACUGACUGGCAUUUGAAGUUUAAAUGUUGGGCUAAUGUGAACUGAUGCCCAUUUGGGGAUAAUUUGUGUUAUCCUUAAUUCAACUUCUUGGGCUCCCAAAUUAGGCCCCUCUGAGGAGUGGUCAGUGUCUCACACCUGCCACACUUGGAAUUUGUAUACUUUUACAUCGCGCGUCUAACUUUUUGACAUUGCGAUGUGACCUUGUCGUCUAUAAAGUCCACACUCAAGAACUGCACAGUUAAGUUACCAAAAAGAAAAAGAAAUCUCCUAAUGUUUUAAGGACGUUUACAAUCUUGUGUUGGUUGAGCUGUGUCCAUAGCUAUCUGUGGCCCGUGCUGUAGUUGGACCACAUGGAAGCCCACUGUGCCCUAGAGCCACAGGUGACCCUUGAGUGAUGGGGAUGCUACCUGGACUCUAGUUUGAUGCUCUGCAUCUGGAGGCAGCAUUGUUGUUCUCAGGUCUCUGCCAUUUAGUCAUAUGCCAACUCCAAGGAGGGAGAUGCCUGACCUCUGAGCCUUGGCCACUGGAUGGAGAGCUAAGGUUCUGGAGAAGAGGGCUGUACUUCCUGUCUGGAGUGAGGUUCAUAAUGCAGUCCAGAAUUCAAGUUCAGUCGCCAAAGGCCCAGCCCAGGGAUGGACAGAGGCCUUCCCAGCAGCUGCCUCGUGCUCUCCUGGCUGUCUCUUUUCAACCCUUAGUCAAGGGGCUGGACCUCCCAGGAGAAGCCCCAGGCUAGCGUGGGGAACAAGCUCAAGCCUCUUUCUUGCCAAAUGAUACUUGAGACCUCCAAGUUCCUUCAAGUGCUUUAAAAGAAUGGGGUGUGCCCCAUUUGGAACAGUUUUGAGUGCUAUUUCUUUUAGGCCCCAUGGGACCAUUCAUGCCCAGUCUCUUUCCUAGGUUUCCCAGCCCCACCAGCAAGCCCCCAAGUCAUUUGUGUCUCUAGGGGACCCCAGAGCACUUAGCAGAAUUAAACUUGUAAAUAGGGUUGGAAAUGCACCAGUGAAGGUGUCAGGGUGAGUCAGUCCCUCCUCUGGGGUGACGGGGCCAGCUGGUGUGUCCAUGAGGAGUGAGUUUGUGAGCUUUGAGGGGGCGUGACUUGGUUUCCCCUCCCUGCUUGUUCUCAGCCCAGGGUAGUGUUGUAGAGAGUUUGCUUACGCUAGCCGGCAUCAGAUGUUGCGUAGCGCUAGCACAUCUGAAGCUUUUGGGGUUGAUUAGAAUCAGUUUCUUGGUUUCUGUCAUUGUGCCCAGAGGCACCACCUCACCUACGUGCCCUAUUCUCCCACAAGGCCCAUUAGGGACCAUAGUGACCACAAGUCUGGCCAGCCUCUGGCUACUGGGAGAGAUGAAGUCUUGUGAGUGUUGUUUGUUUUGAGGGUGCCCGGGAGUGGGGGUCUGGGGUCCCUGAGCUGGGGACUCCGUGUGGGUCACCUACCUCCUGGUUUCACCCAAAGUCCUGCCUUGAAUGCCAGCGAGUUUCCUUCUGUUGUGAUAAUUGGGCAUUAAACAGUGGCAGCUGGAAA